GAGGAAGCCCCGGGAUAGCUGCUCAGUUUCAUUGUAAACACCUGUCGGCGGAGCGGGUCCUGGCUGAACAGCAAAGGCCGUGUCCUCGCUUUGGCUGCCUGUUUCCCUGUGGUCCAGUCUGCUGCCGACAUGCCCACCCAGCUGGAGAUGGCCAUGGAUACCAUGAUUCGAAUCUUUCACUGCUACUCUUGCAAGGAAGGGGACAGAUUCAAGCUCAACAAAGGGGAACUGAAGCUGCUCCUGCAGCGCGAGCUUACAGAGUUCCUCUCGUGCCAAAAGGAUCCCCAGCUGGUUGAUAAGAUAAUGCAGGACCUGGAUGCCAAUAAGGACAACGAAGUGGAUUUCAAUGAAUUUGUGGUCAUGGUGGCAGCUCUGACGGUUGCUUGUAAUGAUUACUUUGUAGAACAAUUGAAGAAGAAAGGAAAAUAAAGAUAAAGUAGUGAGCUAAAUGAAAGGCAGAAAUACAAAGUUACUACUUACUGUCAUACUAUUCAGAUCUAUAGACAUGUUAAUAUUACUUAUACAUUUAAUAUACAUCUAAGUAAUUGCUAUAGCUGGUAUUAUUAAAUUAUGUGCACCUUAGUAUAUCGACUUUACAUAAAUAUGUCAAAUCUUAUAUGACCUGUAAAAUUUACCUAUAUUAUUAAAGAUAUUGUAUGCAUUUAUUUAACAAAGAGAAAACAUCACAAAAAUUUGGUUGCUUUCAAAUCUAGA